GGGAGUCGGGGAGGGAAAGCAGCUCGGCUUCCUGAUAGCCGCCGGGCAGAGAGCGAGAGUCAGGCGAAAGCCGCAAGGUGCAGGCAACAGGACUGGGAGUGACCGGGCAUUGAUUGCUCUGUAAAGACCAUGAACAAGAAAUAGAUUUGAAACAGGAAUAAGCAAGUUGUAGAUUUCACUGGAGCAUUCAAGCUACUUGGGAUGGAUAAUUCAAGUAGGCUUGAUGAAGUGAACUUGGCUUGGGACAACCUUCAAGAGGCCAAAUCAGUGUUACAGCAGAUUGAAAACAAGUUGCACUUCGAAGAGGAGGAUCCCUUUCUGGAACCAAGCGUCCGAAAACAUUUGCAGUCCGAGGCAUUUGGAUGUGGUGUGAAGGGAGCUGGCAACAUUUCAAAGCAAGGUGCUUCUCCACAACAACCAGCUUCCCUAAGAAACUGUGGACCAGACGAGCACAGUACCCUGAGUGCCAGGUGGACUCCUUCCUCAAGCAGGACAAAUGACAGCGGAAAUUUCAAUUCCUCAUUGGAGAAUUGUCAUUCUUCGAAAAGAAUGUUCUGGAAUGAGAGAACAAACCCCUUGUACAAUGAUAUCAUUGACCAAGAUGUCCCACUGUCUCCAGUUAAUAGGGCAACAGGAACUAGCAACCAAGAUCCAAACUGUAACCUGUCAACUGGAGCCAUCACAACACGAUCGCAUGUAUUGGGUAAUAUGGAUAUGAUGGAGAGUGAUUGGUUCAUGGCGAGUAAGGAGGAGGCUUGCAGUGGCUUAAUACCAUUCUACCAAUGUCAUCUUGAGGGAAUGCCUCUCAUUGGAAAUGAGAGUAAUUUGGCACUUGACCAUUCUAUCAAAAGACGGAUCUUGCAGGAGAGGAUAAGGUCUCCAUCACCGUCAAUUUGUGCCUUCCCCCCUUCUCCACCUGGAAGCCUAUUAGCCCAGCUGGGACCGCAGCAGAGUAAAUCUCCUGUAAACAAAUUGGAGAAGCUUAAAGAGCGCAUAAUGAAACAGAGGAAGCUGGAGAAGGGUCAACAAUUAGAGGGAAUUAGUUCGGACCAAACACGUGCGGAACAACCUAUCCCAGCUCUUGAGCAGAAGAUCGGAGACCCUUUCAAAAAUGGGACCAUGAAGCAUUUGAUCAGGAAAGUGACCUUUGCCCCACCAGCACCAGCCUAUAAAGGCAAGUAGCCAUCUCAUUGAUUCAUGGACUAUCUGCAUGUGAAUAUUUUGCUUGCGUGAAGUUGCCUCAGUAUAGGAGUGAAAUGACUGAGCAGGCUGAAGUAUGACCCUUGUGACCAGCACGUAACUAUGAAUUUCCCUCUCCUUAACUCUCUCAUCAUUUCUCUUACUCCACCAACUCAUGUAGUUAUCUCUUGAGCCCAUGUGCAUUAUUUGUUUCAGUGCUCUUUCCUGGUCAUUUCAUUUGUGUUUAAUUCUGGCCUCCUUUUCACAUCACUGAUUUUAAUCACUCCAGUGUUGCCAGGCGUGCUGUUAGCCACCAAGACCCGAAGCUUUGGAAUUCCCACUUUAAACUUCUGUGCCUGUCCCUCCUCCUUGAAGGCACGCCCUAAAACCUAUCCCUGUCCCUCCUCCUUGAAGGCACGCCCUAAAACCUAUCCCUGUCCCUCCUCCUUGAAGGCACGCCCUAAAACCUAUCCCUGUCCCUCCUCCUUGAAGGCACGCCCUAAAACCUAUCCCUGUCCCUCCUCCUUGAAGGCACGCCCUAAAACCUAUCCCUGUCCCUCCUCCUUGAAGGCACGCCCUAAAACCUAUCCCUGUCCCUCCUCCUUGAAGGCACGCCCUAAAACCUAUCCCUGACUACAUUUUUGGUCACCUGCCCUAAUAUUUCAUGUGACCUGAUGUCAAAUUUUGUUAACGUUCCUGUCAAGCAUCUUGGGACAUUU